AUUAUUUAUUGACCCUUUAAAUUAACUUAGCCUACCCAGUUCCCCAUUAACACCACCUCUCUACAUUCUCUCUCUCUCUCUCUCACAUUCACCUACUCUUCUUCCCCGAUUCUCUCUCUCUCCCUCUCGGACAUGUGGUCACCGCCAUGGCUAAGAUCACCGAGCAGAGUUCAGAGACCAAAAUCACGGACACAAACCUUCUCUUGCUCAUCCUUUAAGGACAUCCAAACCCUGCUCCAAGAAGAACAACCCGAACCCGAGACCGAGUUCGGGCUCCUCAGCCCAAGACGGGCCUCUAUUUUCCACCGGGUCCGGAUCACCAGCUCAGUCCUCCGCUUCUGGGCCCACCACCGCAACCCCUCCCCACAUACUCUGCCCCUACCCGACGGUGACCAGCGGGUAGUGAUCUUCUACACCAGCCUCCGCGUCGUCCGCAAGACCUUCGAGGACUGCAGAGCCGUCCGAUCCAUACUUCGAGGGUUACGUGUCCCGAUCGACGAACGAGAUGUGUCGAUGGAUGCUCAGUCUCUGGACGAGCUUCAGGGGAUUGUAGGAACCAAGAGACUGAAUCUGCCGAUGGUUUUCAUCGGUGGGAGAUUCGUCGGUGGCUGCGACGAGAUCCGGAAACUCAACGAGUGUGGUGAGUUGAAGAUGCUGAUCCAAGGGCUGCCAGUGGUCGAUUCGAAUGGCUGUGAUUCUUGUCGAGGGCUCAGAUUUGUUGUCUGCGAUGAAUGCGAUGGCAGCCAUAAGGUUUACAGUUAUGCAGGGAAAUGUGGGUUUAGGACUUGUUUGGCUUGCAACGAGAACGGUCUCAUAAAAUGCCCUUCAUGCUCUGCUGUUAGAAUUAGACGCAAACAAACUUAGCUUAGAGCCUUAGAUUCAGAGUUUUCCUCCCAACUCUUUGGAUUUUUUAUUAUUUUUAGGCCAUAAAUUAUAAAAUGUUAAGGGGUUAAUUGUAUCUAGAUUAUGAAUUUAGCAUUCUAGAAAUUUGACUUAUACAGAAUCUUUUACUUCGGUAAAUUAUUCAAAAUGAGCAAGGGAGGGGGACAAUUGGCUUUGACAGCUUGCUUGAGACACAUUUGAGAUGAUGUUUUCCUAUUUGGUAAAAUGGAUAAUAGAAUAAUAUUCUUGAAUAA